AUGGACGUAAAUGUAGAAAGCGAUACCAAAGCAUGCCGAAAAAGUAAAGUUGACAAGAAACUUCUCCGUAAACAGAUUAAAUCCAGUCACACUUUGCUGAGACAUGAAGGAAUCAGCACUACUUCAAUGCCUACCAAGAGUUUGGUGGUUGCUAAUGGAGGCUUUGGGAAUGGUGUCAGCAGGGAGGAGCUGUCUGCUGUGCUCAAAGAGAUGGGAGCGGUUGAAACCCUCCUGAUGCUCCCUCACAAGCCCUAUGCUUUUGUCACAUACAGAUCUGAGGAGGAUGCCCGGAAAGCUCACAUCUACCUAAAUGGUCAGAAACUUCAGCGUGGAGAGGAGAAUGGUGUGACUCUUUAUCUCAGCUUUGUUGACUCAGUACCGUGUGAGCAGCAGGCAUCUGUGACUAUGCCAGCUGGACUGGUGUUGGUGGAAGACUUUGUUUCUCAAGAGGAAGAAGCUGUGCUGCUUGCUGCCAUUGACUGGUCAUCGCAUAAUAAUGAUGUUACGGGUCAAAAAGCUCUGAAGCACAGAAGAGUGAAACAUUUUGGCUUUGAAUUUCGCUAUGACAACAACAAUGUAGACAAAGACAUGCCAUUACCCGGAGGUCUUCCUGAGGAGUGUCAUCCUGUACUGGAGCGGUGUAUGGAAAAUGGACAUUUGACAUUCAUGCCUGACCAGCUGACUGUAAACCAGUAUGAGUCUGGACAAGGUAUACCACCUCAUGUGGACACUCAUUCUGCUUUUGAGGACACCAUCCUUUCUCUAAGCCUGGGGGCAAAGACUGUGAUGGAGUUUCGGCAUCCCGACGGUCGUGUUGUAAAUGUCUUUUUGCCAGGUCGGAGCCUCUUGGUGAUGCAGGGGGAGAGCCGUUAUCUCUGGACGCAUGGAAUCACUCCUCGCAAAUUUGACAUGGUACCAGCCUGGGACCAGCAUUUCUCGACUCCUACAACAUGUGACCAUGGGGCUCUGAACCAUCUCACCUUGAGCAAAAGGGGAACCCGAACGUCUUUCACUUUUCGCAAGAUCAGACACGAACCCUGCUGCUGUGCAUUUCCAUCUGCCUGCGAUAGUCAAGGACCUCCUUCUCCACCGUCUCUACCAUCACUUCCUCGAGGCCAGGGUGAUGCAGCCCGUCUGGAGGCAGAGUACGUUCACCGUGUGUAUGAUGCAAUCGCCCCCCACUUCAGCAACACGCGCCACUCCCCUUGGCCACGUGUCUGCCACUUUUUGACCUCGCUCUUGCCUGGAAACGUGCUGGCUGAUGUUGGUUGUGGAAAUGGCAAGUAUCUGGGUGUCAACCCAGAGGUCAUUAGUGUGGGCUGCGACAGGAGCAGCGCCCUCAUUGAAAUUUGUGCCAACCGAGGUUUCCAGGCAUUUGUGUCCGAUGCCCUACAUGUCCCACUUCGCACGGCCACUUGUGACGCCUGUAUCUCUAUAGCUGUCAUACACCACUUUUCCACAGCAGAACGCCGCUUAGCAGCUGUGACUGAGUUGGUGAGACUUUUGAAACCCGGGGGUCGUGCUCUCAUAUAUGUCUGGGCUUUUGAGCAAGAGUACAAGCAGCAGAAGUCCAAGUACCUCAAAGAUAACAAUCCUAGGAACAACAUAUGUGAUGUAACCAAUGAGCCUGAGAGGAAACCCAGUGCCUGUGCCAGAAGAAACCUUGAAGAUUACAAGAAAAGACCUGCAGAUGAUUACACAGUGACUCAUGACAAACUGAGUGUUCAUAUUAAUCGGACAGCCUUCGACUCACAGGACCUUCUGGUACCAUGGCAUCUGAAAGAGGGGAAAGGAAGAAAAAGGGAGGGUGAUUUGGGAGAGACAAAAACAAAUAUAACAAAGUUUUCAACAGAUACUUGUCCAGACAACCCUGACUCUAGCGUUCUAUCCCACAGUAAUGCUGACAGGCAACAUGAUUCACAGAGGCAGACGAGCCCGGCGCCCGUUUUCCACCGUUAUUACCAUGUAUUCCAGCAGGGAGAAUUAGAGCAGUUGUGUGUGCAGGUGAAGGGGAUCAAACUGCAGAGUAGCUACCAUGACCAGGGCAACUGGUGUGUCAUUUUAGAGAAGGACUCUCUAAGUUGA